CGUAAGAUCCGGCCUGGGGGAAAGGGAUGAAUGUUAAUUUCAAAGAUGGCGGCGGAGGGAGGAGGGAAGGAGAUGAACGAAAUUAAAACUCAGUUCACCACCCGGGAAGGCGUCUAUAAACUCCUCACGCACUCCGAAUACAGCCGUCCGAACAGAGUGCCUUUCAACUCGCAGGGUUCCAACCCGGUCAAGGUCUCCUUCGUCAACGUCAACGACCAGUCGGGCAACGGCGACAGGAUCUGUUUCAAUGUGGGCCGUGAGCUCUACUUCUACAUCUACAAAGGCGUUAGAAAGGCCGCUGACCUGAGCAAGCCCAUAGACAAGCGCAUCUACAAGGGAACACAGCCCACCUGUCAUGACUUCAACCACCUCACUGCGACGGCAGAGAGCGUGUCCCUGCUGGUGGGGUUCUCCGCAGGGCAAGUGCAGCUCAUUGACCCUAUCAAAAAGGAGACAAGCAAGCUUUUUAACGAGGAGAGACUAAUAGACAAGUCCAGAGUCACAUGUGUGAAGUGGGUACCAGGCUCUGAGAACCUUUUCCUGGUGUCACACGCCAGUGGGAAUAUGUACCUGUACAACGUGGAGCACACGUGUGGUACCACGGCGCCCCAUUACCAGUUGCUCAAACAGGGCGAGAACUACUCUGUACACACCUGUAAGAGCAAAUCCACGCGGAACCCCCUACUCAAAUGGACAGUCGGCGAGGGCGCCCUGAAUGAGUUUUCCUUUUCCCCAGACGGCAAGUUCCUGGCCUGUGUUAGCCAGGACGGGUUCCUGCGGGUGUUCAACUUUGACACUGUGGAGCUCCACGGCACUAUGAAGAGCUACUUUGGCGGUUUGUUGUGCGUGUGCUGGAGCCCUGACGGAAAAUACAUCGUCGCAGGCGGCGAGGACGACCUCGUGACCGUGUGGUCCUUCUUGGACUGUCGCGUCAUCGCCCGGGGUCACGGCCACAAGUCGUGGGUGAGUGUGGUGGCGUUUGACCACUACACCACCAGUGUGGAAGAGAGCGACCCGCUGGAGUUCAGCGGCAGCGACGAGGACUUCCAGGAUCAGAUAAUCAACUUUGGGCGGGACCGUGCCAACAGCACUCAGUCGCGCCUCUCCAAGCGCAACUCCACGGAGAGCCGGCCCGUAAGCGUCACGUACCGCUUCGGCUCAGUGGGCCAGGACACUCAGCUGUGCCUAUGGGACCUCACAGAGGACAUCCUUUUUCCACAUCUUCCACUCUCACGGACACGGACGCACACUAACGUGAUGAAUGCCACCAGCCUACCGGCAGGUGCUACCAUUCUCGCCAACACGUCUAGUAACGCUACCAACGGAAACAACAGCGGUGCCAGUACGCCUGGCGUGAACUCUGUCUCGACUACAUUACCACGCUCCAACAGCCUGCCCCAUUCCACCGGCGCCACCCCCACCGCCACCACCACAAUAACAACGACGACGACGACAACAACGAUAAAUAACAGCAACAAGGGUGGUGGUGGCGGCGGCAUCGGAGGCAGCAUCAUGGACAGCGCCAUUGCCACAGGCGUGAGCAAGUUCGCCACGCUCUCACUCCACGACCGCAAGGAGCGCCACCACGAGAAGGACCACAAGCGCAACCACAGCAUGGGCCACAUCAGCAGCAAGAGCAGCGACAAGCUCAACCUGCUGACAAAGAGCAAAACGGACGCUGCCAAGACGCUGGGCACGCUGCUGUGCCCGCGCAUGGAGGACGUGCCGCUGCUCGAGCCCCUUAUCUGUAAAAAGAUAGCACACGAGAGACUGACUGUACUCAUAUUUUUAGAGGACUGUUUAGUGACUGCUUGUCAGGAGGGAUUUAUUUGCACAUGGGCGAGGCCAGGCAAAGUGGGUUUAUUGUCCACCCAAAACCAAGCCAGCUCUCCCAGUGGAACAGUAGUAUAGCCACAAUAUUUCUGCUGCUAAAGAAACCCUGCAAGCCAGAGUCUGAUGCUGCUCUUCACCCCUGCAAGCAUUGCAAGUUUUUUCCUUUCCUUUCCUUUCCUUUCCUUUUUUUUUUUUCUUUAAAAUCCCCCUGCCUUGCCUUCUUUGUUAACAGCUUUUGUCUUGUUUAUCACUCACUUGACCUUAGAGGAAGAAUGCAUCAAGAGAAAGGUGUUAUUUUACUCAUUUUAGAGUUUUUUUCUUUUUAAUUUUUGUAUGGAGUUAAGGCUACGAUGCAAAGCAGACAUUUUGGAUAGUAUGUAACCCUUUUUUUAAAAAACAAACAAACAAACCGUAAUGGUGUAAUCUAGACUCUGCUCAGGGUUACUUUAUUAACAUUUAGUGGAGCUAUCCCUCCCUCACCUUUUUUUUUUUUUUUUUUUUU